GAGCAAUUCACCAUCUUCUAUUGACGGGCAAUACGACAAGCAGUCACAAAAGUCAACAUUGCUAGUGCAUGGAGAAAGACAGGCCUACUACCUUUCAAUCCUAUAUUAGUACUGCAGGAAUUCAGGCCAAGACACCUCCUUUCAUUAGUAUAACUAAUGAGAAUGGUGUUCGAGUUGAUAUACAAGCAACAGAGGAUCAGUCAAAGAGGAUAAAUACGCUCAUUGCAGCGCUUCUUAAAGAGGUUCCUCUCCAGCUUUAUUCCACCAUUACUCAUCUACAAGAUCUCUCUCUAACUGCUCUUGCUGAUAGGUCUGCACUUCAAAUUCUAAACAAUGAUCUUGUGCAGAAGCAGAAGAAGAGCAGAAAGAGCCGUACGAAGAAGCACUUUGGAGAGGCUCGGCAGCUCACCGUAGAGGAAGCGCUUCAAAAGAUGAGAGAGCGUAAUGCAAAGGAUCAGGAGGUUUCAACUGCUAAGGAGAGAGCUGCUGCUCUACGAGGCAAAGGACGCUUUGCAAAGUUAGCCUGGAAGGAUCUGGCAAUGAGUUUUGAUGUAUUUAUAUAGCAAUUCACUCCUUUGCCCCUGCAAGCCUCAUACGCCACCAAUACGCUAACCGGGUGGCUCGACCGGGUGGCUGGCUCGACCGGGUGGCCAAGACGUUAUGUUUUUCUCACUUUGUGGAGAAGGAUCAAGGAGAGAUGAAAGAAGAGAUGAGAAAGCGAGAGAGAAAUCGGUCAUUUGUGUAGAUGGCACAGUCUGUGC